AUGACGUCGUCUUACGUGAUCGUUGGUCAAUGGAACUCCAGCUCGAACUAUUUAAUAACCACCAGGCGACAGUCUAUUAUUUCUUGCAAUCUCUUCCUGCUCGUCAACCUUGUUCUUUUCACAUUUUGGACUGAUGAAAUAAGAUACUGUGAUAUUUAUAUAGGGAAUGUACCACCGAGCUUACGUGUUCGGGGAGGAACGUCUCUCCAGUAUCCUGAGUCUUUAAAAGCAAUCAAGAUGGCAACCCUCCCCACCAAAAUACUCUCUGGGUUCAGCCAUGAUAUGUGCUUCGAAUUUUGUGCAUACUUAGCGGGUCCUGAAAUAAUAUCUCUUACACCCUUUAAAACAAUACCCAACAUUGUGCCGUGCCAUUUCUUAGGAUUCAGGUCGUAG